CCACCUCGCUCGGCGGGUGUGUGAAGAAGAUCCAGCCCGUUAUUUUCAAGGUUAUCUCCUGCAGGAACCUGACUUCUCGGAUCCUAUGGGAAUUCUGAUAACCGCAGUUUUUCUUUGGGCUGCCGUCGGAGUGGGAAGCCGGCCAGUAACCUCACCCCUUGAUAAUGCAAAGGUUGAAUGUAUUAUUCAGGAGACUCUGAACGAAGACGGGUCACAACAUGAGUGUGGCCCACAGCUAGCAGAGGAACUUGAUGAAGUGCAAAGACAUCAGGGUCUGCUCAGGGAGCUGCAGACGCUGGCUGGUGAUGAGAGAGAAAGGGAGCGAGACGAUGAGAGGGAGCGAUAUGAGUACAACUUGGCUGACGAUGAGAGCGACUUCGAGCAGAGAGGUGAGGAAGCGAAGGAGGAGAGAGACGUGACCGACCUUGCAAAAAAGACUGAGGGAAAGACAGAAGACAAGACAGAGGGAAAUGCCACCAAGGAGAAGAUGAUGGAGGAGCCACGGGUCGAUGACACAGGGAGGGAAAAUGAAGAGGAGAGAGCCAAGGAGCUUGAGGAGCUGCUAGCUGAAGAGAUCACCAAGAAAGGGAAGGAGGAGAAGAAUGAUGACGAGCUCAAAGAACUGCUGAAAGAGCUGAAGAAGAAACGCUAUGAGGUGGUGAAAGAGAGGGAGAUCCAGAAAGGCCCUGGAACAGAGCCGAUGGCAGACGUGGAGGAAAAUAAGGAAAAGGAGGACAAAAAGACGGAGGGAGAAACAGAGGAGGACUUGGAGAAACAGAGGAUGGAAGAGAGGAGGAAGAACGAGGUGGAGCUCAUGGUAGAGAAGGAGAAGGUGGAGAAGGAGCUCAAGGAGCUGCUGGAGGAGCAGGACAGCAAGAGAAAACCAGAGCAGGAGAGGGAGAGGAAGGAGAAGCAGGAGGAGCUGGAAGAACUCGUCAGGAAGAUGAAACGGGUGCAGGAGCAGGAGACGCCGGGCGGGAAGAAAGAGGGCGGCGUGGAUGAAAGGGCAGCGGAGGAGACGAGCGUGAAGGAGGAGGGCGACGUAGAAAAGGAGCGUGACGGGAAAGCACAGAACGAAGUGGAGAAGAGGGAGGAGGCGGCGGAGAUGAAAGAGCCGCAGCAGAAGAGGGUGAUGGAGAAAGCGAGUGAUGAAGCCACGCAGCAGUUUGAGCGGGAGAGGUACAAGGAUGAGGAAGAGGAGGACGAUGAGGAUGAGGAUGAAUACGUCAGAGAGGAUGAGGAGGGGCGCGAGGAGGAAGACGACGAGGAGGGUGACGCCGAAGAAGAUGAAGGGGAGGAGCUGCUGGAGAUUGAAGCAGAGUUGCGCAAAGUUGCUGCAGAGCUGAGGGAGCUUCGCAGAGGAUAAGACACACAAGCACAAGCACACGCAGCAGACUGACAAAACCCGUUGUUGCGAUCACAGUCACACAUUCAGCUCACGCAUUUUCCAUUUUAUAGCCUUCAAAUCCCCACAGCACUCAGAGAAAUGUCUUCAGAUGUGAAUCUGUAAAUGGACAUUAGUAGAAACUGUACAUACUGUUGUUUCAUUUCUGCUUUUAGAUUGCCUGGAAAAGAUUGUCACCGUUUCCUCAACGCUCAUUUGAAUAAGGAAAAAGAGACGCAUUUUUCUAGAGAAUCUGAAAGAUCUUUGUGUCCUCCGGUGUGUCCCUGUCUCGGUACCUGUAAAUGCUGUUUGUAAGAUAGACAGGUUCACCUCAGUUGUAAACCACCAGGAUGCAAAGCAUUCAGCACUUUUAUUCAAAUGUUAUUUUUGACUGCAGAUUGCCAUCCACACAAACACCAUCAUCUUUUAAAUCUGAGUCAUGAAUAUUGGCAAGCAGUGCUUCUUGUCUCUGAAGGUAUCAUCCUUGAUGUGUUCAUGAUGGGAAAAACAGAUUCCCUACUAGUAAUGUGUAUUUCAAUAUAUAUUUUGUGCAAUAAUUGAUUAACUGUGUAAGCUGUUCCUGCUGUUCUGACUGUUAACAAUAUGCAUUACUAAUAUUUGUACACAGGAGUAAGAGAUUAUUUCCUCUUCGUUUCUUUGAUGAUGAAGUAGAAACAGAGAUUCAUUUGGCUCUCGCACUGUUAAAACCAGACUGUUUGUGAUGAACCAGGGUGACAAAAACAAAACACAGAGGAAGUUGAUUAGUGCUUAACUUCUGCACGCUGACACGGGUGUCAGAUGUUAAAGUUUGCCUCGAGCGUGGUUAGUGUGUGGCCACAGGACACGAUGUACUUACAAGCUUACAAGGUCUAAAAGUGUCACUUCAGGUUCUCAGCCAGCUUUGCACUCUUAUCUUAACAAGCCAAGGAGGAGUCGAGAGGAAGAGGGAGACACUAAAGCCAUUUUGUUGUUGUUUGGUAAAUGCUCAGUAGUGUUACAUCACAGUUUUCAUGGUUGUCAUGUCAUUUAUGUAUAUAUCAGAUAUGGUCUGCAAGCCAAGGUCAAAGGAAAUAUGAAGCAACAGCGCCCCCAAGAGGACACUGGGUAGAAAUACACAGUGCAGGAUUAACAGGGUUACCAUUGGAGGCCCACUUAUCUGCAAUAAGGCAAAAUAGACUACAGCACAUGUGAAUGCAAUAAUUAGCCAAAUGAUGAUUUAUUUCUUGUAUUUAAAUGUGUAAUCAAAGUGCAUCAUAUAGUACUCACAUAACAGAUAUAAUCUAUCUUUUUCUACACAGCCAAGAUUUACAAUACAUUGUUGUGUUUGAACUCUGGCAAAGAAGCCGGUCACCUUGUGUAAACCCGUAGUAAUAACACACGCGUGAUCAGUCAACACUGAUGGGCUCAUUGCUGUCUAUUCCAAAGAUGAGAUAUUUGUUCACUUGAGAAUAAAUGAAAAAUUAAUGUACUGUAGUUUUCUUUUUCUAUAGAAGUGCAAAAUCUUUCCACAAAAUGUAUAUUACAAACGAGCAAGACAGACGUAGGAAAUGUCUGUGUGUGUGUUGGGGGUGACAUAAGGGCACAGAGGACAUUUCGAACAGGGAAAAAAAUGACAACAAAAACACCAUUUGUAAUAUUACUGACCAAUCAGAGUGCUGUAUUUUGUGCCUGCUGUAUCUUCUAUGCUACCUGUCAAUCAAUAAACGGAAAGUGUAUUAAACCA